AUGGAGAAACAAAGUAAAAAAGAAUUGCUAGCUGUUAUAGAAAGACAGGGAGACCAGUUGAAGAGAUUCGAAGCCAGGCUGCGAGGUACACGUAUACAUGAACACAUUCCUUCUAUAUUUGAAAUAAUUCAUGGUUUCUUAUUGGCUAACAGCCAAGAGUGAAACCGUCAUAUCAACUUAUUACGGACACAGAGUAGAGACAUACAGAGACGUAACUAGUGUACCCACUUUUUUUGUGCGCAUGCUCGGCAAGUUACUAGAUGCAUGCAUCUGAUUGGAUGACGACCUGAUGACGACUCACUUUAAACUUGCUGAGCACGCGCAGUUGAUCAUUUUUCGCCCGGUCGCCUGAAAAAAAGUGGGUACAUGAUAACGUAAUCUUCCGCAGUGUUUACAACAGUCAGUUACGUCUCUGUAUGUCUUAUCUACUCUGUGUUACAGAUCUCACCGAACUAUGGCAUUGCAGCAAAAAUUCAUAUCACCGUCACACCCUCAAACGUCUGUGGCCACUCCUACAUAUUUUUGCAAGUUUGCAAUUCUAAUUUUAAACAGCCAAUCCAGUUCCUGGUAACAAUUGCUAUAAACCUUUGACUUGCGGUUUAAAAUUAGAAUUGUAAACAUUUCAAAAUUAUGUGGGUGUUAAUACGAUACCAUAGUUUGGUGAGAUCCGUAAUAAUAUGUAGCUGACCAAAUAUGGAGUUUUGUCAUAAUAUUGAUAGUGAUGUCAAAGUGUUGAUAUCAACGUUAGUCAUGCCUGUAGAAAGUAGGAAGUUAUGGAGCGAUGCUACCUCCAAAGUCUAAAGGGCCAACUCCAAACCAAAAUAUACACUUGAAUAACUUGUGUAAUUCAAAACGUAUGAGUUGAAAUAUGAAUUGUGGAGUUACUGGCAAACUCCAAAAAUCGUUUGGAGCUAGGUAUAACUCCAAAUUUGGCAGCUAACUGAGCUAAGCAUCAUUUAGGUGCUAAGCAUCUAAGCCUGGAGUUACUGGCUAACUCCAAAAAUCAUUUGGAGCUAAGAAUAACUCCAAAAAUCAUGAAAAAACUAGGUACCUAAGCCUUGAGUUACUGUCUAACUCCAAAAAGUAUUGUGUAGCGAGGCAAGCCAGCCUAGCCGCUAGGUAUGUAUAAAGCUUGAAGUUACUUGCUGUGUUGCUAAUUCCAAAAAUCAUUUGGAGCUUGUUAUCUAAGCCCGAAGUUACUGUCUAACUAGAAUAAAUGCAAGAAUGCACUCUCAGAAUGCACUUCUAUACUUGGCACACUUGGCAUUGUGUUGUCGUUCAGAGGCUAAAUUUUGAUCUGCAGUUGCGGCAAAUGCAGCGCAACUGCCGAUCGUACCUGCUACCCUUGUCAUGCUCUGUUGAUCGCGUGUAAGACGGGCUCUGGGUACGAGAAUGUGGUAUAGUCUAGCUCCAUUUAAAGAUUGGCUACCUUCACAACAAUAAAAUCUACAGGUAUGGGCUCACGAGCUGUGUAUUUUUUAAAAAAACUUUUCGCCAUGUUGUACCUGCUACCCUUGUCAUGCUCUGUUGAUCGCGUGUAAGACGGGCUCUGGGUACGAGAAUGUGGCAUAGUCUAACUCCAUUUAAAGAUUGGCUACCUCCACAACAAUAAAAUCUACAGGUAUGAUGUUAGUCGCCUUGCUGUAAAUCAAUGACAUUAUGGCGUUAUCACAGAAUGGAGACCUUAUGGAAAGGCAGACUUCUUGGUUUCGCCUAUGAUUUUGGCAUAACCAUUGCAAUGUUGCCAUCAUGCUCCCAGUGGGUAUGCAGAGUAACUUCAGAAUACCCGGCCACUUAAAAACACACUUUCUAACCCACGGCUAUGCGGCUAUAUGACUACAUGGCUACCUGACUAUGUGGCUACUUGAUUUUGUGGCUAUCUGGCUACAUACGGUGUUUCAGUGUUAAAGAAACAAAAAAUCACAAUUGAUUGGUUCCCUGGAACACCGUCCAAUUAGGCAGUGCACACAGCAAGUCAACAAGACCGAAUAAGGGUUAGCACAGGUUUACCAUGGUUCAAGGCAAUGCUGAAGGUUAGAGAAGGCCCCUUCUUCUUCUGGUUCCCACACCCACCCUUUCUCUAACUUUCAGCAUUAGUAGCCAGUAGCCAUGCUGCAUAUACUGAGUUCAAUUUUUGUGGCCUGGUAUUCUAAAGUUGUACUCAGUAGGCUUAUGAUCUAGGCAUUCACCCCCUGAAAAUAUUCUAAAUGGCAGACAUUCAGGAGGCUGAAUGCCUCUCAUAAGUGCACUAGGAAUGCGGUGAGUGCAUUGAUGACGAAUCACCGUGAAGCGUAACAUGGCGGCAGUUCCACUUUUUGACUGAGUCAGUUUUCAGUGAGCUCUACUGUGACACCUUUGAUGAGAAAUCAUCUGACAUUAGACAGAGUAAAAUAAUAAGUAGGCUGCAUUAGAUUGCAAUGCAACUUACAAACGGUUAUAUUGGAAAAUUGUGCCCACAGUAUAAUGUAAGUCAGUGUCACCAAAAUGUAAAAAGCCUUUUCAGAGGCCCUGUUAGGGUGAGUGUGCAUGUUACUCAUCUUAUUUUCAAAACAAGUAAUGUAGCUGCUUGAAAUAUUGCUUUUUUGCGUUCGGAAUUUUUUCCCUCCUUUUCCAUUUUGCUGUCACAACUUAGACAGAGUUUGUGUCCAAUGUUGUCCUUUAAUUUUCUAUAUCUAAUUGCCAUUUCAAAGCAAAUUGUCAUCUUGUUGGAAAUUAAAGAGCUUCUUUAAUUCCAUCAGGUUAAAUUUAAAAUGCAGAUACAGGGGGAUAACUCCUGGGGGGGGGGGUGCGACCCACCACACCCCAAAGUGGUAAUAUUGUAGUUUUGACAGGAAUUAAAUUUUAGCAAUUUUAACGACACACUCGUUGGGAAAAAAUAUUAAUUAGUGACUGAAAUGUCCGUCGGGCACAACCCGCUUUCAUGACAUUUCAGUCACUUUCACCAUGCCCUUCUGGUCAGGCAAAACAAUAUCACACACCCCAGCUGCAUGUAAUGCCCAAUUAAGUUACGGCCCUGUGCGGAUAUAGAUAGACAGACAGAUGACUGGAUGGACAAAUGGUGUAAGACAUACUGUAAAAUAUCAUCAAAUUACAUCAUGGUUUUAUCCUUUCAAAUAGAAAGCAGACAUAGUUAAGAAAACAAUUUAUAUAAUUUAAAACCUGACAAAUUCAUGUCCUCAUUUCAUGUCAAAAGUGCAUCCACCAUUAACCCACCCUAUCCAUAUUUUAACCCAUUUACUAGCAGUACUCUACCACAGAUUAGUAAAAUCAUCUGGCGUUCGAUCGACAGAGUAAAUACUAAAGUACAGCGCAUUUGGGCACAUUGCCAGUCAAUGGGUUAAGAAGAGACAUUGGCAGAUAGGUCAACCUCGUUCCCAGGGCUUUCAUGUAGGUUUGUUAACCCAUUUACUGGCAGUACCCUACCACUGACGAGUAAAAUCGUCUGGCGGUCGACAGAGUAAAUACUAAAGUACGCGCGUAUUUGGCGCAUUACCAUUCAAUGGGUUAACCUAGCCAUGUUAAAUUGUUAGAAAUAUAUUUAUUUUCUACGUGAGGUAGUGAAUCGUUACAUCAAAUUUUAGAUAACUAACAGUUCUUAAAUGUUCAAUACUGUUCGUUCCUUCGUGUUCAGGCAGGUUCUUCUUGUAGAAGUUUUUAAAGUUCACUUCAGCCUUUAAAUCUUCGUUGUCUUUAGUUUGUUUGUCUUCCUUGUCCGUGCAGUUUCGUUUUGAGUUUUCGUAGCUUUUCAUCAUUUAAGCUUUACUUCGUCUACGUCCACUGACGACUUUCGAUUGUGCACGCCCUUUUAUACUAACGGUUGAGGGGAUCUUUGUACACGUGGUCUAACAAGUGGGAUGAUUCAUAUCCAACCAAUCGACGUUGAGCUGCAGGAGCGUGGGUUGGCGUCGUUAGCUUGUCCCAGCCCUCAAAGUCUGUUUGUUUAAGGCGUUGUCGUACAGGUCAAGUCGGUCUACUGUUCAAUCGAUCGAUACCAAAACAGGCUCACAACUUAAAAUACUUAUCAAGGUGUUAUAGUAAAAACUUCAAACUAUACCUAUGCGAACCUUACUUUACCUACUAAACUAAAUUUACUCGUAAUUUUAUUGAACUAGGUUUCUAUGACGUAAUAUGUAGAUUUCGUGACCGAGUGUUAUCUAGCUUGGAAUGACUCAUCUUUACGCCUGAGUCUGUCCACGUGAAAGGUCAAUGUUCAUGAGACCUCAGGCAGCUACUCUGUUUAAACAGAUCUGCCCCAAGUUAAACUGUAGGAAUCAGGUCAAUUAAACAUAACAUCUUCAUAUGCACAAUGACAGCUAGUUCAACAAACUGUCAGUCUAAUGGAAGGAAAUAAUCAAUAUUUACCUUACUUUGAAGUGUGCCUAAAUAUCCAUUAUCUCCCCCCAUUAAGCUUUUAGUAAUAUUUACUUGCACGAGCAUUUCACCUGCUCUCAAGCAAACGUCUUCUGUGUUAUUUUAUUUUUAACCUAAAAUUUUGUGUAUAAAUGAUAAUGUUUCGUACCAUGCAAAAUCAAUAAAGCACAUCAGAAAGUUAUGUGAACUCAUUUUCUAAGAAGUACUCAUUGAUUACCUGAAGGAAAAGUUCUAAAAUAGGUCAGGACGAUGGUUUACAAAAUGCCGUUCUCCUCCUAUUCCAUUUUAUAUACUAACAGGCAACUUUGUUUAUAUGAACACAGGUGUAAUGCAUCUGUAUUAAACAAUAUAUGAGAUGUGAUUAUAUUAAUUAAUAAGUAUUUUCUAAUGGUGUGAUCAGCUCUGUUUCAAUUGAGCAAUAAAAACUGGUUUAUUGAUUUUGCUCUAAGUAAUGUUGUGAAAUAGUAUACAACAAAAUUUAGGGACACAUGCCUCUAGAUCUACUCAUCGAUUCCGUCCCCUCCCCCACUUUCUUGAACGGAUUGUUACCCUUGAUGAUAUAACUUUAUCAAUUUCUGGCUUCUUGUAUAGAUGUUGUCCAGGCAUACAAAGGCUUACAGAAGGAAAAGAAUGCUUUGGAGAAGAGUUUACGUGUAUUAAGUACUGGUGGUAAUGUUGAUUCUGCAGAGAAAGAUAGUGACCUAGAUGAAAGUUUAAAUGAAGAAAGUGAAAAUAUUGUGAAAGAAAGUACUAGUGAUAGUACAAAUAUACAAGAAUCUCAGCAUUUCAAACCUGCAAAGACAGAGGUAAAUAGUAAAUACAGUAUACUGUGUUAUGUAUCAGAAAGGUUAUCAUAGUCCAGGGGUUACAAAGUAGGCGUACGGACCCGUAUUGUACGCCGAAAAGUGCUUUUCGUAUGUAAAGUACUAGUAUCAAAGAAAUGUUCGAUUAUGUACUCUUAAUACAGUUCCUUGUGUUCACCAGAAAAUCCUUUCGACAACAAGCAUUACCCAAUUCGAAUUACUGUCAUCAAUUUUCCAUCUCGCUGUCCACAGUGCUUUGGCAACAAUGGUGCCAGAAUUGAAACUUUGAUGUUCAAAUUAUAGUCUACACCAAAAAUGUCACCUUGUUCAGACCUUUAGCUCUAUAACAAACGUACUUGCAGGGAGGUGAGUCCGGGAUUGGACGCACCGAGGGUGGCUGGAAGUUUCCCGAACUUACCGAGCGAAGCGAGGUGAGUUCGGGAAACUUCCAGCCACCCGAGGUGCGUCCAAUCCCGGACUCACCGAACCUGCAAGUACGUUUGGUUUUUAUCCCAUACACCAAGCCAUACACACAUUUGUAGCUCUUCGCGAUAUAUUCGUCGAUGUUUUGUGAACAUUUUCCUGGCCAAAAAAAUCACUGGGCAAGAAAAUACUUCUUUAUCUACGUCUACAUUACCUUUAUUGCAUUUUUUCUUUGGUUUUUCUUCAGUCUCAGUAUGUUAGUCACCGAAAAAAGUUCUUUAAAGUUUCGGUUUAUCGGCUAAAUCUUGUCCGCCAUAUUUGUUAUUGUUAUUGCAACGUAAGCAGUUUAGCGGGUGAGUUCGGGCGAAAAGCAGGUGAGCUCGGCAAAAAGCAGGUGAGCUCGACGACAAGCUCACCUGCUCUAAACCAAUCAGAAAGCCGCUUUUAACACAGGUAUGGGAUAAGUGAGUUGACUGGAAUUUGCCACUUGCUGUGAAGCUCAUCUUUUUAUGCUUUAAAAAGAUGCAGGGGGUUUGCACCCCAUCCCACCCCUAGCAUCCCCGUAGAAAAGUCCAGCACCACCCUAAAAAAUCUGCUUGACCAUACAUUUUAGAGGAGAGUGGGUAGUAAGGCUUCCUCAUGCACCCUUCCUUGCAGAUGAGGCUAGAUCAGCUCCUGUUUAAAAACUCAGUAAAUGCUCGUGAAACAUUUUUAUUUCUUACAUACAGGAAAUAAAUACAACAGAGGACAUGAAUAAAACUAGGUCAGAAAAUCUUAUGCCAACAUUGAUAAAACGUACGCCAAAUUAGUUGUACAUGCAACUACGACCUCGUACGUCAUUUCUCAAGCCUUUUAAACCCUACUGUAACUGCAAUGGAGUUUGCCAAUAUGUACCUGUAAAUUCAGCAACCUCGCAAGCCAGGCUCUCUACUAUCGCUUCAAUCCCAAAUGGAAGUAGAGAGCCUGGCUUGCGAGGUUGCUCAAUCAGCUGAUAUACAGGGUGUAUAAAAAAAAGGUAAUCGAACUUCAGCGUGCUAUUGUAUCUGAAUUAUUAUGCGUAUGAACGAGAUUUUUUCACAUUCGGAAAGAUCAUUAAUUCUUUUAGCUGUUGAAUGAUAUCUUCUUUAUGCCAAAUGGAUAAAUAUGAGCAAAUACGAAACCGAUAAAAAAUGUUAGUCAGAAUCGCAUAUUUUCACCGUUGAGAGUUGGGUCUAAAACCAUUGAAAACGAACCCACUUUGGUACUCAAGUUGAUGAAUUUCACUUCAAUAAACGACGCACAUAUUCAUAAUUAUUAUUAUUAAGUAGGAAUAAAUCUUUGCUAAGCUACGACACGUUCGUGAUCAAUUGCUUUUUCUUUUGUUAUGCAUUGUUUUAAUUAGACACGAGGUGAAAAUAUGCGAUUUUGACUAGCAUUUUUGAUCGGCCUCGUACAUGCUUAUUUUUUCUCCAAUUGGUAUGAAAAGCAUGUCAUUCAAUAGCUAAAAGCCUGAUCUUUCCGAAUAUGAAAACCAAUUGUUCAUACGCCGAGUGAUUCACGUAUAAUAGCGCGCUGAAGUUCGAUUACCUUUUUUUUAUAUACCCUGUAUAUGUAUUUCCAGGAGCUCCAGGUACAUGACGCAAGUGGUGAUCAGAUAUCCUUGCAGGCUCAGGUGAUGACUCUUCGUGAGGCAUUGGAUACCAUUAUGGAACAAAAAGCGAAAAUGGAAAGCUCAUUUCAAGCUGAUAAAAAGAAAUAUUUGGUAUGGCAAAUGACUUAUGCUACAGAAAUACAUGCAUGCAGAAAUCCUCAUUUUAUUAAUUAGCCAGACACUCAGUCCUGACCAAACGCAAGCUCGCUACAAUGUCAUAUAUAGUUUUGACUUUUUUUGUAAAAGUACAUGAAAAUAUCUACUUUUAAUAAUAUAAUUAUCAAUUGCCCAAAUAUAUAAUGUUGGUAUAUGUUAUUAUGCAGAUUUUUGGGCAUCUCGUUAGACAAAACCAAUAAUACAUGGGAUUUUUUGGAUUCGAUUAAUGCAAAUGUAUUCCACAAAAAAAACCAUGUACUAUAUUUAUUGGUUCUGUCGAACGAACCCCAGAAUCUGGAUAGUUUACGCAUGCAUAUAGCUUUUACUGGCAUCACUCUAUCACAUACCGGAUGUCCCAAAAAAACUGGACACUGCUUGAAUUCAUGUGACGUAAAAGCUAUAAAAGCUAUCGCAAUGAAAUACCUUUUUCAGAAAGCGGUAUCAAUUUCCCGUGCAUAAUACAAAAUGACUGCAAAACGGCAAACUUCGCACGGCUAUAUUAUCCGCAUUUUGCAACGAAACUUUGGAAUAUUACUAAUUUUGUGAUGUUCUUUCAAGCUGUGGUGAAAUUUUUUGUCUAGACUUGUUGAGAUCAAAAUUUGGGUUAUUAGGUAAUAGGUCCAUUUGUUCGCGUCGGUUGCAAGUUGCUCAGAGCAAUCUGCCUAUCAAAAUUGCAAUAUUAGCCUUUCCGAAGUCGAUGAGAGGACUGGGGACGAGUGUUGAGAAGUAUCCAAAUUAAGAAAUGAACUAGAUCACUAAAAAGACCACCUCAAAAUGAGUAAGUAUACAAAGUGUGAAGACGUUUACAUGAAUACCUUUCGAAUAAUAAGCUUUCGAAAAACGCGAUAUUUACUAUGAAAUGUACUGUAAUUUUUGUUUUUUGGGACGCGCGUCCCAAAAACAGUCUUUUAAUCAGUAAUUUCACAAUUUUCGAAAGCUUAUUAUUGGAAGGGUAUUCAUGUAAACGUCUUCAAACUUUGUAUACUUACUAAUUUUGAGGUAGUCAUUUUAGUGAUUUGGUUCAUUUUCUAAGCCCUGGGCAAACUAAGAAACAUUGUUGCGGAAACAUUGUUUCCUACCAAUGUUUCGCCAUGUUUCCAAGAGUGGGCAAACACUUGGAAACAUUAGUGAGAAACAUAGGGAAACAUCAAAUGUUUCUGAAUUUGCUAGGAAACACUUUUGCUUCUCAGGAAGCAAAUUUCGUUUCCGCAACAAUGUUUCCACGGGUGGGCAAAAGGGAAACAUUUGAGGAAACAUCGAGAAUCACAAAUGUUUCCACAACAUUGUUUCCUAGUUUGCCCAGGGCUUUAAUUUGGGCACUUUUUAACACUCGCCCCAGUGCACUCAUCAACUUCGGAAUGGCUAAUUGUGGGACAAUAUUGCUCACAAGAGAACAUCCGGUUUGACUGUAAUAAAAUGCAUGCAGAAGGCCCAUAUGAACGCGCACUCAUACUGUCAUUAUUUUAUUGUUUAGCAUGAACUUGAAAUGAAAGAAGAUAAUUUUGCACAAGAAAGAGAUGAGUUUUGCAAGCAAAAAGAAAGCAUGUUGAAAGACAUUCAGGAGGUACUGCAACCAUUUCACAUUAAAUUUAUAAUCAGAAAAAAUAUCGGACUAGGGCAAUGUUGCGUGACCUCUGAAAUAUUUUUGUGUGACAAUAUUACAAAAACAAUGUAAAAAAGACGCGAUGGAACGAAAGAAUAAAGGAACGAAUGUCAUUAUUCGUCGAUAACAUAGGUUGUUUACUAUUUACAUGGAAAUUCCGGUUGUUCCAUACGGAAAGUAAAUGGAACAAGCAUAUUUCGACGGCCCAACCGGAAAUUUUCCGGAAUGGACGGUUUGUUUGAAAAGGUUGUCCUCUCUUACCGAUUGGAACGUUUCAACCGAUGAAUUUUGUUCCAUUUACAUUUUUUAUUUUUUCACCAGUUCCAGGCUCUUCGCGAUUUAAUUCAAACCGGAUAGGUUUUCCAUAUAAAUGGUAAACAACCCUUCAGUGCCUUCCGGUCAGUCAUUCUAAAUGGAAAGCGCAUAAUCCGAAUGGGAUUUUCUAUUCGAAAUUUUGCUUACCAUUGGCACAAUUUCAAACCGGAUGGGUUUUCCAUGUAAAUGGUAAACAACCAUAGAGAACUUCCAACAAAAUACAUGUUCAUGUUUCUAUCACUGCUCUGUUUAAAAACAUGUACCAGCGAUGUAACUUAAGCCUGGCGCACACGAUGCGAUUUUAGUCGGCCGAUGAAAAUCGUUUGACAUACCGAUAUACAUCGGUAUACUCUGCACACGAUUACGAAAAAAAUACGCUCCCUGAACUGUAGCCGCCAUGUUGCCAAAUAAAUACAAGCACGUGAUCACAGCAUGAAAUCUGAUUGGUUAUACUUAAAAUUCCACCGAUAAAAAUCGUAUAAUAUCAAAACGUUUUGAUGUUGUCCGAUUAAAAUCGAGCAACAAAAAUCGGUUAAAUAAAAAUGACACCGCACACACAACGAUUUUGUUAGUUUUAGUCAAACGAUUUUUAUUGGCCGACUAAAAUCGCAUCGUGUGCGCCAGGCUUUAGACAUAUUGUUUAAAUUUCGCCCCCUUUCUACCAUCUCCUAAUACGCCCUACACCUCAAUUUAGCCCGAACUCCAAAAUUUAAACCUGCUCUGUUACGAUAGAUGGUUUUAUUCAAUACCUUGACUUGCAGUAUACAUACUGAAUUGAUAAGGUUUACAGUUAAGAAGAAGAUGAAGCUAAAAAAUCUUUUAAAUUAUUUACAAAAAGUAUUAACAAAGGGACCAAUACAAGUAGUAUAUAAUUUCACUAAAUCCAUGAUUUGAAAAGACGCUUUGACGCCUUUUUGCAAAUUUUUUCGACACGUAGUUCCACUUAAGAUUACUUUGAAUGGUCAGACCCAGAGCUUGAAAGGACUCGACAGGAUUGCCAUUUAUGUGCAAAUCACUGAAUAUGGACGGAACCUGUUUAAAGGAAAUUCUUAUUUCUUUACAUAGCUUUAUUGAAUCUGAAAUUUGUUAUGAUAUGUCCGAUAAGAUAUUUCGUCAACAAAAACUUACGCGGUGCUUUGCCUUUGUUUUUCUACGAUUUCAAAGGACUAAUCAUCACUAGGAAAAUCCAUGGCCCUAACUUAGUUCUCUGAGGUACGCCGGCCAGAAUCUCAUCCCAACACGAGACGAUGUCGUUCUCCAAUUUAACUCUUUGCUUUCGAUGGCUUAGAAAAUCAUGAAUCCAAUUUAAGAUAAAGGGAUUGAUUCCAUAGCUUUUCAAUUUACACAUCAGCAAGUUGUGUCGAUAAGAUUGAUUACUUUUUUAUAAUAAUCCAUAAAAAUUACUUCUGAACCCGUAGCAUCAGUUGCUUCGAGCUAAUGGUGAACCAGGUAUAAAGAGCGGUAUACCGAAACCACAUUAA